CGCGCUCGCUCCUCAUUAUUCAUGCAUGUUCCAGGUUAAAAGUAAACCUUCCCGCCCGCUAUUAAUGUCUAUCCUCUUGUCGAUAUCAUAGCCUUCCCUUUCCCUUCCCACCCUUCUUUAUAAUAGUCGUCUGUUCUGCCUACAGCCUCCGUCACUUCGCUGCUCUCAUGCUUUAAUAAUAGCACCUCCGCUUUGCCAAUACCUCCCCAAGCCUCACAGCUGCGUGUCAUCUCUGAGACAUCUGCGACUAGCCACGCUGCUCAGUCAAAGACAUCUUGUUACCUGUGCCAGACAAAUCAACAUCAUGCUGGCCAUAUCUACCUCGCUUCCUCCUCACAUGGCGAAGCCAUCAGACACUACUUCGUCUCGUGAUUCACGACUUCCCUCCUCCACCAUGUCUUCCUCUCUGGCCAUAUUACCUUCCGCUCCAGUUCCAUCUUCUCUUUCUCUUCAUCAACACUCUCCAACCACUGCGAGAAGACCAAAGCUUUCGCUCAACACCGCAUCAGCAUCACAGACCAGAUCGUUUGGAAAGGGUGCAAGUCUACGCCUGGAAACUCUCUCGGCAGUAUCGCCAACGGCCCGUAAUACCUUCUCAAACGCCUACGACGCACCCACCCAGACACAAGGACGUCCUUCACUGAAGCUGAACACGUCCAAUGACAACUCAGAAGUCGCCCAGGAUUCCUUUAAUAAAUCCACUCCACGAUACGAUUCCGCGACAGCCUCAUCUGCAUCUUCGACAGAGUCUCUCACCACACCUCCACCGUACAAACUCUCACACCACAUCACAUCUAUUCUUAGCAACAGCCCAUAUCCACAGAUUCGACCUAGGAAAAUGACGACUCGGCCUUUCUUCCCCCCUAUCAAAAGGGUAUCGUUCAAAGAGCCUCUUGUAGAAGAGAUCACAAACACACUCUACACGGCAAAGCAUUCAGACCUCGACACGUCUAUUGCGUCUAUCAUCCCAGAGCCGCCCAAGACGCCUAAGGUGAACACGAACUGCGAACUCGAGAUUCACACCUCCAGCAAUAUCACCGAUACCUCUUCUGAACCACCAGCCAGAUCACCUUCACCGACUCUUUCAGUCCGUAGCAAUGACUCCACGCAGUCCUCGCCCAUGAUACCCUCAAAACGCGAUUCUUCGGAUUCAGAGAGCGAAGACUCCUGUCCCGAGACUCCGAUCGCUGGCCGUCGUAAACGCAAUCGGCUAUGGAGGUGGACCCUGGCACCACACACUAAGUCUGAAUCUGAAUCGGAAUCGUCAUACUCCACUUCGUCCUCAACUUCAGCUGAAACAAGCCCCAGCGAUAGCGAUAGUGGCUAGGCUACCCUGGACGUCACAUUUCCGACACGAGUCGAUCUUAUUUACAGUCUGACCACAUCAGCAAUCUACAACAACCAUAUGCAUGAGCGAAUUUGGCGUCACAUCAUCGGUAGCAUUUCGGCGGGACUUGGCAUUGAGCAUUUUGCAACGGCGUACUACCUAAUUUCAUGGGAUUUCUAUGAUACCACGCCUUCGUAGGGCAUCUAGGGAGGCAAGCACAUAACUGUGUUGAACUGUUCUGAGGAGCAGUGGGUGAGGGGUUCAUCUAGUGGUUUACUUGUCUCGAGGACAGAAUUCACUAGUCUAUAAUAUACGUUAUUGUGUGAUGCAAAGGACAUCUCAUAGCGUGCCAUUUUACCACCUGCAUUUGAACCGCGUUCCUUUGAAGAUCUACAGGUCCAUGCUGUCACGACCGAUUUGCAGUCAAAGCAGCCGG